UGAAAUUCAUUGGAUGAAAUUGUCACUUCAUUUCUAACCUAAUGUAAUUUUGAGCAAAAGAUGUAUUUUCAGUUUCCAAUUGCUUAUUGAGGAUCUUCUAUAAAGGAUUUUCUAAAAAAUAAUGUCAAGUAGUACCCGUUAUGGUUUACUCUAUAGUGAAUUUGAAGUCCCACCGUAUAUCCGUUUACCUUUUGAAAGAAUACUUAUACUAGUGGUUUGUUUUCCUUUAGUGGCGUUUUUGUUUUGUGUAUCUUACUCAGUAUUAUUUAAUUUUGAAAGCUCGACUUAUACGCACUGCCAGGUUUAUAAUAUUUUACCUUCAAUUUCUGCUGCCAUUGGGAAUUUUUCUCCCCAGCGAGAAAUUUGGCAGAGUGCAAUUGCAUUACAAGCACUGCCUAGAAUCUAUGUGGCUAUUGAAUAUUUAAACCAUCAUCAUAAUGUUUUACCUCCAAAGGACAUAUGGAUUGGUUACAUUGCAUGUGUGCUUAAUAUUAUAGAGAAUUUAGCUCUAAUAACAUUGUCAUUUUUUACAUCAUCGAAAUUUUAUGUGAUUCACGAGAAGGCAUUUAUUACUUUCAUAUUAGUAUCGGAAGUUUACAUGAUUUUAAUAUGUAUUUUGCAAAAACGUUACAAAAAAUCUCACCGAAUUAGCCUUAAGUGGAAACAAAGAUGUCUAGUCACAAACGUGUUGUUUAUCAUGGCUGCAGUGUACUUUUUUAUGAGGCACAAUUCUAUGUGUGAACCUUAUGUAUACUCCUUUUUCGCAUUUUCUGAGUAUGUUGUGGUGCUUUCUAAUAUGGCUUUCCAUCUAACGGCAUAUUUAGACUUCAGAAAUAAGGAUCUUGUAAUUUACAAACAUGGUAUUGCUCUGACUGAAAGAUAAUA